AUGCAGCAGAACAAGGAGCGCCAGCGCAAGGUCCGCCACGAACUGCACAAGUCGUUUCCCAAGCCGGGCUCGCUCGAGCUGGAGCUAUGGGAGCGCAACCAGCAGGUCUCGCCCUUCUUCCGCCUCCCGCCCGAGCUGCGCAACCGCAUAUACGAACUCGUCCUCUCAGUCGGCCAGAUCAACGUGUGCUACAAGCGAUGGGAGCAUAAGCCGCGGCGGCCCGUCGAGGGCGGCUUCUGGUGCCGCCUUCUCGAUACCACCCAGAACCCCUGGACCACCCCCGGCACCGGCACCGGCACCGAGCUCCACGGCAUGACCCUGCUCUCGCCCGUGUGCCGCCAGCUGUACCACGAGACGGCCCUGCUGCCCUAUAGCAUGAACGCCUGGUCCUUCGAGAGCCCCCACGUCAUGGACCGCUACGUCGUCAAGGAGAAGCGCCUGCCCCGUCCCCAGCGCCGCGCCAUCCGCAUGCUCUACUCGCAGCACGUCCUGACCACGGCCACCGAGAAGUUCUUUGGCGGCCUUGAGGUCAUCCUGCUGCAGGGCGGCAUCAAGAUGACGAAGCACGUCGUCGACGUCGAUCCCGACAAUGCCGGCCGCCGCACCAUCGUCUGGGACGUGUCACACCACUGGUGA